GCUCCUCCAAGCCGCUCCUCCGUGCGGCACAUUCUUCCCCGAAGGACAUUCUCUGUUGAGAAGCACACUGCGGCUUCUCUGUCGCGAUAGACAGAAACGGAAAAGAACAAAUUAGACAGCACAACAGAUCGGUCCUUUGUCUUCUGCGAUUAAUUUACGGAGGGUCAACAGCCGCUGAUUAUUAACUCCGAAGGAAAGAAAAAGAAGGCCGCGCGAUCCGCGAGUCAGGUCGAAAUUAAGUAGCUAUGCGUAUAAGAUAAAAGGGUAAUGUCACGAGUUUAUCUUUGAGAUAUGAAUGCGCAAAUACGUCUCGUUGAUAAAAGCCUGUUCUUAUUACAAUUACAUCGUGCAUCGCUUCUUGCGCUGGGAUAAAUUAUAUAAUAGCUCCUAUUGCUUUUAAUGUGCAAUUCUAUAAUUGUGUGCAAUUAAUAUAUUUAUUAUGCGUCUGGUAAUUUGCGAUAACGUGGACGAUGUCGCAGAAUGGUCUGCGAAGUAUGUUUUGAAGAGAAUCAAUGAUUUUAAUCCUGAUAAGAACAAAUUUUUCGUUCUCGGUCUCCCUACAGGAGGGACACCUUUGGGAAUGUACAAAAAGCUUAUAGAAUAUUAUCAACAAGGCAAAAUUUCCUUCAAAUAUGUUAAGACAUUCAAUAUGGACGAGUACGUUGACUUACCGAGAGAUCAUCCAGAAUCUUAUCACUAUUACAUGUACAAUAAUUUCUUUAAACAUAUAGAUAUCGACCCGAAAAAUGUGCAUAUACUUGACGGAAAUGCGACGGAUCUCGAAAAAGAAUGCGAUAAUUUCGAGAAAAUGAUCAAAGAGGCUGGUGGAAUAGAAUUGUUCAUUGGAGGUAUCGGACCAGAUGGGCACAUAGCCUUCAACGAGCCAGGUUCGUCGUUAGCUUCUCGCACGAGAGUGAAAACUCUCGCGCAAGACACUUUGGAAGCGAACGCGAGAUUUUUCGGAAAUGAUAUUAACAAAGUGCCGAAACAAGCGCUGACUGUGGGCGUCGGUACCGUGAUGGACGCCAAGGAGGUGAUGAUUCUUAUCACCGGAUCUCACAAAGCUUUCGCCCUUUACAAGGCCAUAGAGGAAGGCAUUAACCAUAUGUGGACGGUGUCCGCGUUUCAACAACAUCCUCGUACGCUCAUAAUCUGCGAUGAGGACGCCACUCUGGAGCUACGCGUAAAAACGGUUAAAUACUUCAAGGCGCUCAGUGAUGUACAUCGCAAAUUGAUUGAGGAAGAUGGAAAUGCAAUCCCCCGUCGUACAGUGCAAAACAUUUGAAAUGAACUUAUGGGAUAUUCACAGCAAAUUGAUCGAGCAAGAAAGUCGACCAAAGUAAAGAUUUGGUCACCAUCGGCAACUUGUGAAAGUCGUAACGAAUUUACAUGAGAAGAGCAAACAGUCGGAAAUUUUCAACGAUAAAACUACGAAUGAAGUGAUUAGAGAUUACAUUAUGCAAUAUCUAAUAUUAUAUAAUGUGUCUUAUGUUCUUAAUUUUACUUUGCAUAUAAAAAUUUUAAUUACAUAUUGUCUUACACACACAACUGCCAUAUGAGUGCCAGAAAAAAUAUAUUUUUAUAUCAUUAUUCUGUUACUUCAGAAAUAAAUUUAUUCUUUUUACUACCAUA